AUGUUCAGAAGGGUUCUUGUGACGAUUUUCAAUGUGAACAAUAAAACAUCAUUUUGCCGAAGACUAUGUAUUGCGGCAAUAAUUUUUAUCUGUAUAUCGAUUUAUACAACGAUAAAUAUCAAUCCAGAUAUAAUAAAAUGUGACAUUUCGCACGAAAUUCCGUGUUAUAGAACGCCUGAACAUCUUCGUCGCUUGGUCAAGUUUGCUGAAGAUGUAACUAUGGUCAUGGAUAAAUUAAAUAUGACUUCUUUCCUACUCUACGGCAGCCUGUGGGGCGUUUAUAGAUUCCAUGGACCUUUGCCCUGGGAUCACGAUAUUGACUUAGGUGUCAUUGGAGAUGAUAAUUUCUAUGCUAUGAAAGACACAUUAGUUGAAGAAUUAGUUAAUAUUGGUUUUUAUGUGAGAGACGAUUGGUCCACGUCAUCGUAUAAGGUGCUCCCAGCUAAUCAAACUGGUCACUUGGGGAUCUUUAUAUUCAUUGAUUAUUAUGGAACGAUGAAGAGGCCCGGGCUUGAGCCGUGGCUUUUCUCACUACAUUACAGAAUAUAUCAUUCCUUUCCCGCUUGGAUGGCGGAAACGCCAUUACCCAAGGCCAAGUUUGCCGGAUAUAAUGCGUGGGUUCCACGAGGCGGUCGUGAAAUAUUGAAACAUCUUUAUCCUUUCACUUGGAGAGAUGUAGAUUUGCCAGUUACGUGCGAAGGAAAUGGUACCACUUUGCAAGAUUUAAAAACAUUUAUGGACGAGAAAGUGAAUAUCGAUCCACCAUGA